GCCACGUGGGGAAUUGCCGGCACCUACGCGGCGAACGUUAUCGACAUCGCCGCCCCUUUUGGCCCCUUUUGGCUGCGGUUCCCCCCUCCGAUUCGCCUCGCUCGCUUCCUCUCGCACCCCAACUCCACCUUCCCCUGUUCCACGAAUUUUACAAAUUACUCAGUAAUCUUCUCGCUAAAUUUUGCGACUAUUUACAAAUCAUCGUGGGGAUUAAUGUGUGCCUGGCUUCCAGAACUGAUUCCAGGCUCUUGUGGUGCCCAUUGUGCAUGCACUUUGGACUCUUAAUUCGCACUAAUAGAAACUUACCAUUAUUAUCUGAAAAAUUUUGGCAAGAGGACAACUUCUAGCUGGCAACAUAUUGGCUAUUCCAUUUCUAUAUUCUCUAGACCAUGGCCGUUGGAGCUUCUCUGCAGUUGUUCCAUGAAUUUGGUGUCAUCAAAAGAUUUGGACAGGCAAACCAAUUUAAGUGUUCAGAAAUGAAGGGUUGGCGCCAUUUACCGAGUGUUUCCUUUUCUUCAUGUGCUUCACAACAAGAUGUUUGGAGUCUCCAUGUUUCAAACAGGAUAUACAAGCCGAUGCUCUCUAUCCCUUUUAGAUACAAUGUUUUCAUGUGCCGAUCUUUUGCUAUACCAAGCUCUGCAAAUGGUAUCCCUCUUCUAAAAAGUACCACCUUGGCUUUGACGAGGUCAUAUAAUGCACUGCUUGCAAGCCCUCUUGCUAUCCAAUUAGUGCCAGCAGUUGGAAUAAUUGUUUUUGCUCUCUGGGGUCUUGGACCAGUCAUGCAUUCCAUCAGACACUUGUUUCAUAAUGACAAUAACUGGAAAAAGAGUAAGAUGUAUCAUGUUUCUACCUUCUAUCUUCAACCACUUCUUCUUUGGGCUGGAGCAACACUCAUAUGCAGGGUACUUGAUCCAGUUGUUCUGCCAUCAGAAGCAAGCCAGGCAGUAAAGCAACGCCUUUUGAGCUUUGUGAGAUCAUUAUCUACUGUGCUGGCUUUUGCAUAUUGUCUAUCAAACUUAAUUCAGCAAACACAGAAAUUCUUGAUGGAGACCAGUGGUUCUGAUGAUGCAAGAAAUAUGGGUUUCCAAUUUGCUGGUAAAGCUGUGUACACUGCAGUUUGGGCUGCUGCACUUUCUUUAUUCAUGGAGCUGCUGGGUUUUUCUACCCAGAAAUGGAUCACUGCUGGAGGCUUGGGAACCGUCCUGCUGACUCUUGCUGGCCGUGAGAUAUUCACAAACUUCCUCUCAAGUGUAAUGGUCCAUGCAACACGUCCUUUUGUUGUGAAUGAAUGGAUUCAGACUAAGAUCGAGGGCUAUGAGGUUUCUGGUACUGUUGAGCAUGUAGGUUGGUGGUCUCCAACAAUUAUAAGAGGUGAUGAUCGUGAAGCAGUCCAUAUUCCUAACCACAAAUUCACAGUAAAUGUUGUGAGAAAUCUCAGCCAGAAGGCUCAUUGGCGUAUUAAGACCCAUCUUGCUAUCAGCCACUUGGAUGUCAAUAAAAUUAAUAAUAUAGUGGCAGAUAUGCGGAAAGUCUUGGCAAAAAAUCCUCAAAUAGAACAGCAAAGAUUGCAUAGAAGAGUGUUUCUGGAAAAUAUCAACCCUGAAAAUCAAGCUCUUUUGAUAUUCAUAUCAUGCUUUGUGAAGACGUCACAUUUUGAAGAGUAUCUCUGUGUCAAGGAAGCCAUUUUGCUAGAUCUCCUCAGAGUCAUCGGUCAUCACCGAGCCAGACUUGCCACUCCAAUUCGCACAGUGCAGAAAAUAUAUGGUGAUGCAGAUGUGGAGAACAUUCCCUAUUCCGAGACCAUCUUUACUCGUUCUGCUACUGCCACCAACCGUCCAUUUCUUCUUAUUGAGUCUUCGCCAAGAAUCAAUGGAGAUGACAAAGCUAAACCUCGUACAACAGCACGGGCUAGUGAAGAGCACAACUCAAAAUCCACAGCUGCAUCAGAGUCCAAGGUCACUUCAUCAUCUGAUGGCACAAUCUUGAGCAAUUCUGACAAGCAGCAGCUGAAGAAGGCAAACACAGGAGACCCUCAUUCGAAAAGUAAUAAGGCUAACCCUGCAACAGCACCAACAUCGAGUUCUCCACCAAUGCUUGAAAGCUUGGACUCAGUAGGAUCUACCUCCAAAGCUGGUGGUGAGAAGCCGCCAUCAUCAGAGGCUUUUGGUGAACAGGUGGAUGGUACUGGUCCAAUCCAUGCUAAAAAUGAAGGUGAAAGGGUGCCUACUACAACAUCCCCAGUAGCCAGGCCUACCUUUGAAGAUAACAUUGUCCUUGGUGUGGCUCUUGAGGGGUCCAAGCGCAUGCUUCCAAUCGAAGAAGGGUCAGAAGGAAAUGAAUUGGAUAAGAAGGGUUCUUCCUCUACAAAAGAUAGGAAAAAACAGAUUCCAGCAGUCCCUGGUCAAGCAAAGGUAGAUCAGAGGGAUCAAGAGAGGUGACUAUAGUUACCUUUGUUUUGGUGAAGAUGCAACACUGCCUACACUGUUUGCUGGCUACUUUUUUUUUACACAGGCUGGUCAGAUGCAGUUGUACAUGCUGUGAUAAAUAGUCGGUGUUUCUUAUCAUUGUUCUCAAAGUAUCAGAUUUUUAAUUGCUGCAAGGUUCUUAUUUGUGGACUGUCUUCUCGCACGGCAUAAUCUGAUCAAUUGGUCAAUGAUUUUGAUCAUGAUAAGUGUAUUCUCUCCUAUGAAGCCCUUUUAUUCUUCUUUUUUCCCUUUUGGGGAGAAAAUGAUCUACUGUAAUAUAUGUUGUAAAAGGAGGUGUCAUUAUAAUUUAAUUUGGACAUCUGUAUUCCAAGGUGGUGGACGGAUCAUAUAGAAAAUAUUGCAUGCCUUCCUCAACAAAA